AUGGAUUUGGACACUGGUGAUUCCCCGUGGGGCGAUGUGCCAUCCCAGUCCGUCGGCAAUCGCGAUGCCUCCGAAUCGAAUGCAGAUGACAAUGCCUCCCCCCAACAACCGUCACAGCAAGCGAGCUCGAGCAAUCCCCGGUCCCCUGUACGACGCGGCCCCCGAGGCACCCGCAAGAUCAGUGCGCAAGCCACGAAACUAGAGGCCGUUGAUGAUACGUUCGACCCGUUGGGUCCCCUUGGAGAUAAAGCCAGCGAAACGACCCCGGCCGCCAACGAGCAAGCUCCCAUUCCACCCCAGAAGGAGUCCGCAGGAAACAAUGCUCGUCCUACAUCAUCUACAUCGCAGACUCCGAGCGCGGCCGGCAUGAUGGACUCGAUAGAAGAAGAUGGCUCCGGGCUCAGGGGACCCCCGCCCGUGCAACCCCCUAGCGAAGCGGACAGCUCAAGAAGAGUGUCGGAACCCAGCGUUAGUGUCGAGAAGGCCGCUCAUCCAACAUUCGAUAUCACCGUUGGUGAUCCACACAAGGUGGGCGAUUUGACCAGCAGUCACAUUGUGUAUCAAGUCAGAACCAAGACCACGUCCAAGGCGUAUCGCCAGCCCGAGUUUACUGUCAGCCGUCGAUACCGCGACUUCUUAUGGCUGUACAAUUCCAUGCAUAACAACAACCCCGGUGUCGUCGUACCUCCUCCGCCCGAGAAGCAGGCGGUUGGUCGGUUUGACACUAACUUCGUCGAGUCGAGAAGAGCUGCCUUGGAACGGAUGUUGAACAAGAUCGCAGCACACCCGAUCCUCCAGCACGAUGGGGAUCUCAAGAUCUUUUUGGAAAGCGAAAGUUUCACUCUCGAUGUGAAGAACAAGGAGAACAGAGAGCCGGAUCUUGGUCAGAGCAAGGGCAUGUUCAGCUCGUUUGGCAUCAGCGUCGGAGGCGGUGGCAAGUUUGUCGAACAUGAUGAUUGGUUCCACGACCGGAAAGUCUACCUGGAUGCCUUGGAAAACCAGCUCAAGGCUCUGAUGAAGGCCAUUGAUACGGUAGCCGCUCAACGGAAAGGACUGGCCGAAGCCGCCGGAGACUUCUCGGCUUCUCUUCAGGCGUUGGCCUCUGUCGAGCUGUCUCCUGCCCUGUCUAGUCCCCUGGAUGGUCUUUCGAUUCUUCAGCUACGCAUUCGAGAGCUGUACGAGCGCCAAGCGCAGCAAGAUGUCCUUACCCUAGGUAUCACCAUCGACGAGUAUCUCCGCUUGAUUGGUAGUAUCAAAACUGCUUUCUCGCAGCGACAGAAGGCGUUCCACAGCUGGCAUACCGCCGAGUCGGAAAUGCAGAAGCGCAAGAACACCCAGGAGAAGCUACUCAGACAAGGGAAGACGCAGCAAGACCGCCUGAAUCAAGUCAAUGCCGACGUGGCCGAUGCGGAACGGAAGGUUCACCAAGCCCGCCUGUUGUUUGAGGACAUGGGGCGCUUGAUGCGCAACGAACUGCAGAGGUUCGAGAAAGAGAAAGUGGAAGAUUUCAAGUCCGGAGUCGAGACCUUCCUCGAGAGUGCCGUGGAAGCGCAGAAGGAGUUGAUCGAACUUUGGGAAACAUUCCUUUUGCAGCUGGAUGCGGGUGAAGAAGGAAACCCUUUCUACGGGAGUGCAUCUGCCCCGGCGGAGCCUCCAGCAGAAGGAAAUCCCGAGGCAGCUCCUCCGGUGACAGCAGAGGAGCAGUCUUAA